GUGGGCCGGCGGCCUGGGCCUGGCGCUCAGUUUAAAAGCUUAACAGGGGCCUCUGGCGGGCUCCGGAAACGAAACGAAAUUCGCCCCGCUGGCCGCCCUCCGGGCCCCGCCAGUCCCUCCGCGCGCCGCGCUCCCCGGAAUCGACCCUUCUCCCGCCAUUUGCCACCGGGCUCUCGCUGAGCCCGCCCUCCCAGGGCUCAGAGGCCUGCGGCCGCGGGAACCGAACGGGCGUCAUGGCGGCAGGCGUGGACUGCGGAGAAGGGGCUAGCGCCCGGCAGCACGUGUUCCUAGUCCCAGAUACUGCAUGUUUUUACAGAUUGACAGAUUGUGGCAACUCUGCGUUGGAGUAUUUAAAAGACGCUUCAAAGAAGAUGAAAAGUGGGCUUAUGUUUGUAAAACUGGUUAACCCGUGUUCAGGGGAAGGAGCCAUUUACUUGUUCAAUGUGUGUCUACCACAGCUGUUUGAAAUAAAAGUUUUCAAGGAAAAAAACCAUUCUUGGUUUAUAAAUGAAUCGGUUCAAUCAGGAGGUCUUCUUCACUUUGCCACACCCAUGGACCCUCUGUUUCUGCUUCUCCACUACCUUAUAAAGGCUGAUAGAGAGGGAAAGUUUCAGCCCCUGGAACAAGUUGUGAUGGAUGACAUGUUUCCGAAUUGCAUCUUGUUGCUGAAACUUCCUGAACUUGAGAAGUUACUUCGACAUGUGACAGAGGAGAAAGAAAUAGACAAGAAGAAAUAUUACAAGUACAGCAAAGAGAAGACAUUAAAAUGGCUGGAAAAAAAGGUUAAUCAGACUAUGGCAGCGUUAAAAACCAAUAAUAUAAAUGUCGGUGCCCGGGUACAGUCUACUGCAUUUUUCUCUGGUGACCCGGUUUCCAGUGACAAGGAAGAGGAUUAUAUUUGUUAUGCCCAUGGUCUGAUAUCUGAUUACAUCCCUAAAGAAUUGAGUGAUGACUUAUCUAAAUAUUUAAAGCUUCCAGAACCUCCAGCUUCAGUGCCAAACCCUCCAUCAAAGAAAGUAAAGUUAUCAGAUGAGCCUGUAGAAGCAAAAGAAGAUUACACUAAGUUUAACACUAAAGAUUUGAAGACUGUAAAGAAAAAUAGCAAAAUGACUGCAGCUCAGAAGGCUUUGGCUAAAGUUGACAAGAGUGGAAUGAAAAGUAUUGAUUCCUUUUUUGGUGCAAAACAUGUUAAAAAAAUUGGAAAGAUUUGAAACUUUGAAAAUUAAAUCAAGCAAAAAUAUUUGCCUUCUACAUGUCCCAUUUUCAGCCUUCCUCCAUUCCACUGUACUUCCUAACCCUUAAUUACCACCUUUUGAAAAAAAGUAGGAAGGGGGCAAUUUUCAGAUUCACUUGAACAUUUCUUUGUGUUUGAUUUUUGUGUUUCCUGAACAAAAUACGGGAAAGUAAUUGUGUAACUUCAUGGCUUGUGGCCUUUGGAGUUUUGUUUGACAUCCUGAAAAGUAAUCAAGUGAAUAGAAUUAACCUCUAGCAUCACAAUUUCCUCAAUAAAGUGAUGUGUGACAAUAUUUGAGUGUAUGCCUGUUAUUUUAUGCAAUGUUGCACAUGGUAGCUAUAGCAAUAUGGUUUUCAAUAUACUGAGAGAAAUAUAACAACUAUCAGAUAAACUACUACUUUUUAAAAGCCUUUAGUUUUGGGUAAAUCUUUUGUUUAAUGUAUUUUCUGUUUUAUGAAUACAUGUUCUUUGCAGAAAACAGAGAAAAGUAUAAAACAAAAAUUAUAAUCUCCCAACUUUUCAUUACCUGGAGGUAAUAUGGUGCAUUUUCUUCUAUAAUAAUUUUUAAAGGAAUUAUAAUAGUAAUUUUAUAACCUUUUUUCUUGACAUCAUUUUGUGAGCAUUUUCCCAGGCUACUCUUCUUCAUAAAUAUACUUCUUUAAUGACAGUAAUUUUUAAUUAUUUGAGUAUUUGAUUAUUUAAUGAUCAUAGUCCUAUUUUGGACAUUUGUAUUAUUUUUAAACAUUUGCUAUUGGAAGAAUCAGAUUCUAUGUAAAUAUUUGUCCAUAUCUUUUAUUGUUUUCUUAGAAUGGAUUUUUAGAAGUGGGCUUACUGAUUAAUAACUAAGUUUUUCAAAUAUAUACUUUUGGGAAUAUAUUUCACAGAAAGGUUAUAGUAUCUUGCACUCUAACAAAUGAUGGUAUGAGUCCUUAUCUUAUUAGCUUUGAAUAGUGUCUUUGCAAAUAAGUGGAAAAAAGGCAUGUUGGUGUGGUUUUAAUUCACAUUUUCCUGAUUAAUAAUGUCAACUGAGAAAAACCCCACACAACCUGAAAGUUGAGAGUUAUGUUUUAUUCGGGGAACUUACAGAGGACUAUAGCCUGGGAGGCAGCCUCUCAGAUAGCUCUGAGGAACUGUUAACAAAGAGGUAAGAGAGAAGCCAGGAUAUGUAGGAAUUUUUGUUGGAAAAAAAAACAUGCAGUCAAACAUCAAAAGAUUACUGCUAAUCAUACACACACAGAAAAACCCCCAGACAUCUCAGGUUAAUGAGUUUAGUGCUUUUCUGGGUAUGGGAAGAUGCAAGAGUCUGGGCUCAUUGAAAUUACUCCUUUGAUAUGCAUCUGAACUGUCUAGGGCCAGUAUUCUGUUUUUCUCCAUCCUGAAUUCCCCUCAGGGCACACCGAGGUUGGGGGGGGGCAGGUGAGGGGAAGCUCUGCAGAGGCUGAUGGCUUGAUGGUGGGCAGCAUUUGUUGUUUUCUGAAAUGGCAGGCAACAUUUUUUUGUCCACAGUAAUAAUAUUGUUCAUUUUUUCACAUUUACCUAUCAUUUGCCAUCUUAUAGAGAAUUAUCUGUUUAUGCCCUUUGUUAAAUUAUUGGAGUAUCAGUAUUUUUCUUAUUGAUUCUAAGAAGUAUUUUAUAACUUAAAGACAUUCAUUUUUGUCCAGUGUUCAUUGUAAUUUUUUUCCCUUGGUUUGUAAUUAUUUUCUCACCUAUUUAUUUUUUCCAUUAGAUUUGUAGGAUCAUUUUUACAGGUUCUAAGAGUAAAUUCUAAUGGGUUUUACUGAGAUUUUGAAAGACCCAUAAAUUAUUUUGAGAAAAACACAUCUUUACAAAAGUCAGUGUCCUUAUUCAGGAAUAUGGUAUUUGUCUAUAUUUACUAAAAUCCUAAUCAUACCUUUCACUAACAUUUGGUUCUUCAUCUUCAUGUAGGUUCUAGAUACUUCUUUUUAGGAGUAUCUCUAGGUAUUCUUGUUGCUAUUAAUGAAAUCUUUUUUU